UUUGUUUGACAGGAAAUUUCAUUUUGAGCAAUGUCUAACAUUGCAUCUGCUUCAAAUCCGAAUCCUAAUAAGUCUAUCGAGGUCGUUCAACCUCCUACAGAUUCGGUUACUAGCCUUAGUUUCAGUCCCAAAGGAAAUUACCUCGUUGCUACUUCUUGGGACAACCAGGUUAGAUGCUGGGAGAUCAUGAAGACGGGGGCCACUGUCAGCAGUGUGCCGAAAGCAUCCACUAAUCAUGACCAGCCGGUUUUAUGCUCAACUUGGAAGGAUGAUGGAACUACUGUGUUUUCUGGGGGUUGCGAUAGGCAAGUUAAGAUGUGGCCACUAAUGUCUGGUGGUCAAGCCACGACCGUAGCAAUGCAUGAUGCACCCAUCAAAGAAGUCGCUUGGAUCCCACAGAUGAAUGUUUUGGUUACAGGAAGCUGGGAUAAGACUCUAAAGUACUGGGAUAUUCGACAACAGAAUCCUGUACAUACUCAACAACUCCCUGAACGUUGCUAUGCACUAGCAGUUAAUCAUCCUCUGAUGGUCGUCGGCACCACUGAUCGAAACUUAGUUGUGUUCAACUUGCAAAAUCCUCAGACUGAGUUUAAGAGAAUCACUUCGCCCCUGAAGUAUCAGACAAGAUGUGUUGCAGCAUUUCCUGAUCAACAAGGUUUCUUGGUUGGCUCAAUAGAGGGGAGGGUGGCUGUUCAUCAUUUGGAUGAUUCACAACAAAGUAAAAACUUUACUUUCAAAUGCCAUAGAGAAGGCAAUGAGAUAUACUCAGUCAAUGCUUUAAACUUCCAUCCUGUACACCAUACUUUUGCAACAUCAGGCGCCGAUGGUGCUUUCAAUUUUUGGGACAAGGACAGUAAACAGAGACUUAAGGCCAUGUCUAGGUGCAGUCAACCUAUACCUUGCAGCACUUUUAACAAUGAUGGCUCACUAUUUGCAUACUCGGUGUGUUAUGACUGGAGUAAGGGCGCAGAGAAUCAUAACCCCACAGCAGCAAAGUCCUACAUUUUCCUUCACCUUCCACAGGAUUCCGAGGUGAAAGGGAAGCCACGAGUUGGAGCCAGUGGUCGAAAGUGAAUUUCCUUGUCUGGAGUUGCUGAUGGGAUCUUCAAAGGCUACUGCUGAGUAUGGGAUUUAGUUUUCUGUUGCAAAUGGUCCAUUUCAUUUUCAUCUUCCAGUUUAACUAUGGGAAUGAGGGUAUGCCAGUUUUGUUGCCUCCCCCCCCCCUCUGUCUACUGGGAUCAAAAUUGAUGGUGUUGUAGAAGUUUCGUCGGUUAAUUGGUUUUUUACUUAUUUGUGUAAAGAACAUUCGUUUUUUGUUUUGGUGGUAGAAAUCACUAGUUUUGGUUGUUCCUUGUUGCACUGCAUCAUUUGGGCUACUUGCCAGUGUUAAGAGGAUUUUGUUACACACCUACAAGUGGAUGGUUCUU